AUGUCGAUGAGCAAGCUCGCCAUCGCUGGCGGGUGGGCCGACCUACCGCGCGACCUCCUCGAGUCCGUCCUCCCCCGCCUCCCCGUGCCGGACCGCGUCCGCUUCCCGGCCGUCUGCACCGCGUGGCAGUCGGCCCACACCGCCGCCGCCGCCGCGGGGCUUCCUCAGGCCGCGCCGUCCCCGUGGCUCAUGCUCCCCUUCAACCCGACCGCGCGGGCCGGCCGAAACGACAACGACGACGACGGGAGCGCCAAGCUCUCGGUGGCGCGGUUCCUGAACCUGGCGGAGGGCCGGGCGUACGCGAUCCGUCAGCCGGCGCCGGCCGCCCGCGACCGCCUCUGCGUCGGCUCGUCGCCCGAUGGGUGGCUCGUCACCGCCGACGCCUGCUCGGAGCUGAGCCUCCUGAACCCGGUCACGGGCGCGCAGCUCCGCCUCCCGCCCGCCGCCACGCUCCCGUUCGUCGACGCCCGCCGCGGCUCCGACGGCCGCGUCGAAAGCUACGGCCUGCGGUUCUCCUUCGCCGACGACGGCGGUGGCGAGUGCGGCGAGGAGGCGCUGGUCCCGCCGGAGAUGCUCGCGCCCGACAGGCUCCGGUACGAGGUGUACGAGAAGGCCGUCGUCGUGUCGGCGCCGCGGAGGGUUGGCACCUCGGCCUCCUCCUGGGGCGGGUACGCCGUGCUGCUCAUCUGCCAGCCCCUGGGCCGCCUCGCCGUCGCGCGGGCGGGGGACGCGGAGUGGGCGCUGCUCGACGCCGACACGCCCGGGCGGUGCUGGGUGGACGCCGUGCGCGCUUCGUUGUCGUCCGGCGCGGACGGGAGCCGGCGCGACCAUCAGCCGGUGUACACGAUGGACGCCGCGGGCCGCGUCGACGCGUGGGACACGGACGCCGCCAUGGCGCCCAGGGCGGUCGCGCUCGCGCCGCCGUGCGUCUGCUCGUGCUCGGGCCGCGCGUGCGCCAUGUCGGCGGCGUGCCGCAAGUACCUCGUGGAGCUCUCGCCGGGGCGCCUGCUGCUGGUGCACCGCCUCCGCGAGGCGGCGCACGCGCGGUACGCGUGGGAGCCCCGGCCGGAGCACGUGGAGUAUACCACCACCGGCGUCGAGCUCUUCGAGUGGACGGCCGCCACCGGCCAGUGGGCGCGGGCGGACGGCAAGGACCGCGUACUGGGCGGGCGCGCGCUGUUCCUCGGGAAAAGCGCGUCGCUGUGCGUCCCGGCGGACGAUGCCGGGUGGUGCGCCGGGGUGAGGGCUAACUGCGUCUACUUCACCGACGACGGGCCGUGGUCGCACUACAGGUGCCACGAGGUGGCGCCGGACGUGGGCGUGCUGGACGUCACCGACGGGAGCUACAGGCCGCCGCGCGGCGCCGCCAGGGACCUGCUGUGGAAGUGGCCGCCCCCGGUUUGGGUGUUCCCGUCGCUGGCCGGCUGA